GUGACAAAGUGCGAGACUCCUGGCCAAAUUGCACUUACCUUUUCCGAAGGUCCUAGUGAGGCUACGACUCAGAUGCUCGAAAUCCUCAAAGAAGCCAAGGCCCGUGUCACUUUCUUUACUAAUGCUACAUGGCUCGACUACAUGCAAUACGCCGGGGUGGCCCGCCGUGCCUACAAUGACGGCCACCUCAUCGGUAUGACCUAUCGUGUCCCCAACGAUUCCUCCAAGGACAUGACGGAUGCCGAGCUCCGAGCUGACAUUGCUAAACACGCGACCAAGAUUCAUGAACUCAUUGGCAAGUACCCCAAGUAUGUCCGCCUACACGAAACUGGAGCGAAGGACCGAAAGCUGGAGUCAACACUCCGUGAUAUGGGUUAUACACUCGUGGGGUUCAACUUGGAUGAGGCUGAUUACAAGUUCAAUACUCGUGAACAAGCAUCUCAGAUUGCUGCUAUCUAUGAGUCCACGUUCAAGAAACAGGCUGAUGCUUAUGGUAGGAAAGCAUCCUAUGUCGUAGUCGGCUAUGAUAUCCCUGCCUCUGGAGCUGCGGCUGCAUUACCCGAGAUCAUCUCAACUGUGAUCCGUAACGAGUAUGAUAUGGUCCGCCUGGAUGGAUGCACAAACGAUAAACAACCUUACAAGAAA